UUUUGAGUUUUCCACUUUUUUUUUCAGGUGGGUUAUAUUUUUAAGCUGAUUGCAAAUUCGUUUGUUAAGAACAACUUUAAACUGUUUUCAUUGAUAGUCGCUAAUGGAAAAGCAGCUGCAACGGCUUGGUAUAACAAUAGGAAGGCUAGCUCUUUUUGUUUAACUCAUAAGCAAGUGAAGUACGAAAAAAAAAUUUCCGUAGUCUAUAUAUUCAGGGUUUUAUUUCGCUGUGGAAAAAAAUUCUAGAAAAGGAGAUAAAAAUUAUUAUUAAAUUUCUCCUUUAAAAAACGGUUACGACGACAAAGAUUAUAUGUACGCGUUUUUGUACAAAAAAUAAUCGCUAUAAACAUAUGGUGGUAAUUUCUUUCAACGACAAUAAACUGUUUGUGAUAUGGAUUGGUUUCGAAAUGUUCCUAACGUUAUUCGUAACCAGUCUUCUACGGAUCAUAGUAAAGAAGAUCACAGAUCAACAAGUGAACACGAUGACCAGAGAUCGUACACCAACGACGAGAGAUCAGCACAAACUAGACGUGUAGAACGCCAAUCUUCUCGAGACGAGUAUGGGCGUUCUUUUUCACAACCACCACCCCUACCUCCGCCUCUAGCGUUCAAGAAGAACUCUGUAAAAGAAGAAAUAUUAUGUGCUUUGUGUGGUGAAAUUUAUUCGGAUCCAAGGUUACUUCCGUGUUUACAUUCGUUUUGUAAACGCUGUUUAGAACAUACCGUAAACCCAAGGUCAACUACGCUCACAUGUCAUUUGUGUCGAAAAGAAGUAAUGCUAAAGAUCAACGGAAUAGCAGAAUUUCCACCGAAUUUCGUCAUCAACAAUAUGAUUGAUAUGGAAGCAGUGAGAAACAGCACGUCGAUUCCAAUGUUAUGUAGUAGCUGCAACGAGCAGUUACCUGCUACAGCCAGAUGUGUCGACUGCAUGGAUUUCCUAUGCUAUGCUUGUCAUAAUGCACAUGGUAGGGUGAGAAUGACUAAGGAUCAUCAGAUUUUGACGUUAGAACAGCUGAAGAGAAGUGAUGAUAUAGCGAGAUUACUACACAGACCAGUGUUCUGCCAAUUACACAAAGAUGAGAAAGUCACGUAUUUUUGCAACACAUGUCAAACGACUAUAUGUCGCGAGUGUGUCAUCACCACACACCAGCAAAACAAGCAUGAAUACACACCAAUUAAACAAGCUGUUGAUUCACAAAGAAACGAAAUUAUUUCUUUAAAAUUAAUAAUCGAGCAAAAACUACCCAUGCUCAACCGCGCCACAUCGCAUUUACACGACACACAGCAUAAGUUAGAAACGCGAUCUGAUCUCAUCAAGUCCGAAAUUGAAGAAAGAACACCUCGUUUAAUCAAAAUGAUCGAAGAGAAAGAACGCAUGUUGUUACAAGAUAUAUCGAAGGUGGUAAACGAGAAAAAACUUGUUUUAAACAAACAGUUAGAGCAACUAGAAACAGAAUUUUCAAAGCUGGAAGAUAUGCAGAAAUUUGCAGAACAAGUUCUUUCAACCGGCACCGAUGCUGAAAUCUUAUCCAUCAAACACGCAGUAUGUGAAAAGUUAAAGAACUCUGUAAAAAUACAGUAUCCUAUCGAACCAGAGGUUGACGAUCAAAUCAGUUGCGACACCAACAUUGACAGCAUCACUACCGCCAUCCAAUCAUACGGACAACUUUCUGCAAACGGAGAGGUGUUCCUCAACUGUUUUGUGUUGGGAGAUGUCACAUCGGCGGUCAAAGGACAAAUGUCCCAAUUAACACUUGUCGUCAAGAAUCAACAUGGAGUCGAAACACCGUGUGCACGUAGUGACAUUGACGCAGAGAUAGAAACACCAGAGUACGGAAUACUGCUACCUGAUAUUCGCGAAAAGAAUGAAAGCACGUUUCUUUUGUCGUAUCGCACGUAUUCUGUUGGAUUACACAAGUUGUCAAUUAAACUAAAAAACAAACCAAUACUAGGGAGUCCGUUCUCUGUGAUAGUUUCUAAUCAACAAUCAGGGUCUCGAAGAGGAUCAGAGCCGAACACGUCUCUUCUGAAGGAGCUCACCAUCGACGCACACGCAGUUAGUGCUCCGCAGUCUGUCAAUCGAAGUCCUGCGCCGAGUGAACAGAGGUCUCCCCCAAGUUACUCCAAACCGUUAAGUUUGGAUAUUAACCAAUAUAGCUACAAAAACAACGAGGAAGUAUCUCACAGAACAAAUACGAUGGAAAGUGCAAAAUCAAAACACAAGAGAGACAUGGAUAAUGCUUAUUUAGACAGUAAGGAGGAGAACAACAUCAAAAUCUCGAACUUUCACAACCUGAGGGUAGAAACUGUUGCAAGAUUCAUGUUCUCAAUAGGCAGGCGAGGCACGCAGUAUGGAGAAUUUCAUGGUGUGUUUGGCGUCGCGAGUGAUCAUAUAAAUAAACGAGUUAUAGCAACAGACUGCCAUAACAACAGAAUACAAGUAUUUGAUGAAAGUGGAAAGUUUUUGUUUUGUUUCGGUCAAAAGGGUGGCAAUGAUGGUGAGUUUCAGAGUCCAACUGGGGUAGGAGUUGGAACGAAUGGUGAAAUCGUUGUAUGUGAGAGACUGAAAGGUCGAAUACAGAUUUUUAAUAGCAAUGGAGAAUUUCAACGACGUUUUAUUUUGAACCAGCUAAAGGCUUCUACACUCGCCGUUGAUAUUUCUGGUAGAAUCAUCAUUGCGGAUUACACUAACUGUUGCGUCUAUGUGUUGGAUCCUAUACUAGAGCGAUGGUCAAAGUUUGGUCAUUUUGGUCAAAGCGAGGGAGAACUGCAAUAUCCCUGUUACGUAGCAACAGACCUAAAAGGCAAUAUAUAUGUUUCAGAUAUGAAUAGCAACAAAGUGCAGAUGUACGACUCCGACAGUAUGUUCAUACGAAGCUUUGGCAUGAAAGGAGAUAAAGAUGGGGAAUUUCUUCAUCCUACAGGAAUUGCAAUAGAUAUUAAAGGUCGCUUAAUAGUGGCAGAUCGUGAUAAUCAUCGCAUUCAAAUUAUAAAGCCAACAGGAGAGUUCUACGCAAAGUUUGGAUCAAAAGGAGAGCACGAUGGAGAGCUAAAUGACACUCACGGAUUGGCUGUUCUUUCUAACGGCAACAUUGCUGCUGCAGAUUUGAAAAAUAAUCGUAUCCAGAUUUUCAGUAUAGCAAACCAUCAAUAAAAAGUCUGUAGCUCUUUACGAACGAGAACGAUCAAAUAGGCGAAGCUGAAUUUCCACUAAAGAACUAUAGAUACUCAAGUUUCCGUAGUUAGUUUUUGUUCUUUUAUAAGUUAUAUUAUUUCGUCCGUUCCUGUUCGCAAGAAAAGAUUUUACCCUUCAAUUUGGAUCAAAACGAAACAUUUUAUCAACCAAUCAGAUUUCGGAAAUCACAAUUGUCAAUUCUGAUUCGAUCCGAUCCGAUCCGUUCCAUUUCAUUUCAAUUUUACAUAAGACACAAGGGGUACUGGAAAACAGCUCUUUUCCGCCUCUCCUUUUUCCCGCGAAUAUGAUAGAAACCAAAUAUUGGCAGAGAAAGUAUUGUUAGACAUUUGAAAUAUUGUAUAUAUUGUGGUCGGCCGAAAAGUGAAAAACACAUACAUCUAUAUAAUAUAUACACGUUAAUAACAAAAAUUACAACCCACAAACAUAAAAAAACAUCUUUAUAUAUGAAAAUUAGAUGCCCAAUAAAUUAUUUCUUGGUGUUACUGUUGAAUAUGAUAAAUAAUUUUUUUAUAUAUAUAAAAAAUCGUCCAUGUUAAUCACA